AUGUUCAUUUACAAUGUUCAAUCUUUUAUUGAAGAAAAAGAGGAGGUGCCUAUUUCUAAGGAUAAGGUCAACGUACCUGAUAGCGCUGAUAAUAAAUCAAGUAACUUAAACAUAUUUAAAAAAAUUGAUCAAGAUAUUAAUAAUGAUCUAGUGAAUUAUACUUUAGAUAGUGGAUCAAAAGUUACAGAAUCCAAAGAGUUAACAAGCUGGAUCCAUCGUUGGAGAACUGAUGUAGUGGAUAAGUAUAGAUUUUAUUCUUCGUCAAUAAAAUCACAGGAAGAAAAGCUAUUAAAAGAUAAACAAAAUGCUACUAAAUACAUUUACUCCAAUAUAUUGACUGAUGAUUUGGAAAAUUCGGAAGACUUGGUUCCAGGUGCUACUUUAUCGUUACUUGCUUUUUUUACAGGAAGAGUCCUAACAAAUAAGAGGAACUGGAGUAGAAUUAAUGGCACACUAGUUAAAAGUUCCUUUAUGGGGAAAACAUUAACCUCUAUACCAUCUAGAGUGGUCAUUCCAGUUUUCUUUGCAUGUUAUACUAUGAAGACAUUUUUACCUGUAACAUUUCAAAAUCUGGUAAACACAAUUGAGAAUGAUAUGCUACCAAGAAAAUUCGUAAACGACUAUCAUGAACUCUGGAAUGUUGGCUAUGUUAAUGGUAUACAGAAAUCUUGUAAUAAUUUACAUGCUAGUAUCAAUAAUGCAUCUUUUGAAAGUGUUAGAAAAUUGAGAGAGCUAGUUGACAAGGUUUUUCGCUAA